AUGGUUCUUCUGAUGGAUGAUGAUAAUAACAACAAUCAUAUGGAAGAAACAGCUCUUCUUACAGGAGAUUCCUCUGAUGCUGAAUUUCCAUGUGGAGAUCCACAAGUUGAGCCUCGUGUUGGAGACGAGUUUCAGGCAGAGAUUCCUCCUAUGAUGUCUGCAUCAGAACGUGCUGCGUAUCUCUCGACUCCUCUAGCUUCGGAUGAUUCCUCGCAUUCCUUCCUACUAGGCUUACCUGUCCAAGUCAUGUGGAUAGAGAAACAUCCGAAAGGAGAUGAGAAUGUUGACAUGAACCAAUCUUUGAAAUCUCUAAGAGCCAAAAGAAGCCGUUGCUCUACUAAGACCAGAGGCGAGAGUGAGAAGAAGCAAAGAGUGAAUCUUGAGGCUGUUCCUGUGACACCGUCAAGUUCUUGGGAAGACUCUGAGGUGGCUAGCUUUGUUCUUGCUCUGUAUACAUUCGGGAAGGACUUUACUCUGGUGAAGGAAUUCAUGGAGAGCAAAGGAACAGGAGAUGUCAUGUCGUUUUACUAUGGCAAGUUCUACAAUUCCGCGAAGUACCACAGUUGGUCUGAUUCUCGCAAGAAGCGAAACCGAAAAUGUGUUUUUGGGAGAAAGCUCUAUUCAGGUUGGAGGCAACAGCAGCUGCUAUCUCGUUUAAUGCCUUCUAUAACCGAUGAGUCUCAGAAACAGAUGCUAGUGAAUGUCUCAAAGUCGUUUGCUGAAGGAAAAACCAGUCUGGAGAAGUACGUAAGCGCUUUGAAGGAUCUUGUGGGUCUCAGGCUUCUUGUAGAAGCUGUGGCGAUUGGUAAAGAGAAAGAAGAUCUCACUGUUGUUACUUCAGUACCAAUGAAGACCAAACAAUGGUUCACUGUAUCUUCAAAACCUUCUCCAGUCCCGGGCUUAGGUGCUUACACUUCACUCACAUCUGCCGACAUAAUCAAUCAGCUAACGGGGAAUUCGCGUCUAAGCAAAGCACGUUGCAGUGAUAUCUUCUGGGAAGCUGUGUGGCCGCGUUUGCUAGCUAGAGGAUGGCAUUCAGAGCAGUGCAAGGACCGAGGCUACUUCACAUCAAAGGAUAACAUUGUUUUCAUUGUCCCUGGAGUGAAGCGGUUUUCGAGAGGGGAGCUUGUGAAAGGAGAUCAUUACUUUGAUUCCGUCAGUGACAUUCUAACGAAGGUUGCUUCCGAGCCUGAGCUUCUUGAGUUUGAAACAGGAGAAGGAGAGAUGAGAGGAGCUGCAGAGAAGUCUUCUGAUGAAGAAGAGUCUUCCCCGUCUCAUAGUCAAAGACACCGUUACCUCAGGUCUCCAUGUUCUAACCGUGGGAGUCUGCAAAUGAAGUUCACUGUUGUGGACACUAGUCUGGCUGCAGGAGAAAAGCUGUGUGGUUUACGGAAUCUGAAUGCAGAAGCUCUAGCUUCUGAGGCAAAGACUCGUCUACCAGAGAAAAGUUAUUCUGAGCUGGAAGCUUCUCUGAACAGUCGGAAUGUAGAGAGGUCUCAAAUGAUGCAUGUCGAGGCCAAGAACCAAGUGGAUGAUUCAAUGCGGUUCACGAUUGUUGAUACAAGUCUAGACCACCGUGAAAAGUUAUCUGGUUUUAGGAGAUGGAGACAUUUACCAGGCGAUGCUGAUUCUGGUAUGAAUGAGGAGGAGGAGACUUUGGAAAAGGUUAAAGAUACAUCAAAGAGGCUGACUAGGAAUAGGUCUAACCGAGGAGCAGAAACUAUUUAUCAUUCAGUAGAUUCUGCUCCAUCGUUGAAACGCAGACGGCUCAGUGCUUGCAUUAAGGAGGAGAAAAUCUGUUCAAGAGAAACUCCGGCGUUGGAACAUUUACCAGUUGAUGAUGACACAGAGAGGAAGGUUUGUCUUGAAUCAGACCAGUCAAGGGCAUGUGAUGUCCAACACCAAAACAGCCCUCAUGAAGAGAUGAAUGAGGAAAAAGAGAGAUUUGAAACCGUGUUAUCGGUUGAUUUUAUGCACUUCAAGCCUGAUCAGUCAAAAACGACUAGAACUGGAACCUCUUCUUCACUUGCUGAGAUUCAAGAAACGUCAGAGAUUGAACCUAAUGGGUUAAAUUCCAUCUCCGAUGUAGACAAAAGCUGUUCUCUAGUGGAGAUAAGAACAGUUCAUGAGCAAGAAGCAAACGGGGUCUGUUCAGUGUCAGGCUCAGACAAAAAACGCGCUUCCAGUGAUCUCAAACAAGAGCAAGCAGUUGAGCUCCCUACCAUUCCAGGCUCAAACAUCAAUAGUUCUGCUUCCAAAGAUCAGGGAACUACUCAAGAACGUGUUUCAUCAGAACAACAACAGCAAGACCAACAGAAUAACACAGAUGGUCCUAGAAGACAGAGCACAAGAAAGCGACCGUUGACCACUAGGGCACUGGAAGCUCUUGAAUCCGGCUUUCUUACAAGCAAGAGGAUGAAAAGCACGGCUGAACCGAGGAAACGUGAAAAAACUACAAAGAAAAAGCGGUCAGCUAAAGCGUCUAGCAGAACACAAGCUUUGUCGGACAAGAGGACUGCAGAUUUAGAGCACAUGGGAGAAGAUGGAAGCAUUUUCGCAAAGAAAGCAACAGCAGUUAAGCCCUUGGAUCAAAUAGAGGAUUCAAAGCCUAGCUUUCUUCUUAAUGAAGCAACAACUGAGAGUAAGGCUCUGGAUCCAGUACAGGAGUCAAAGCCUGUGGUAACUGAAUACCCUAAACUUCCACCAAUUGUUUUAAAGCUUUCACUUAAGCGUAGGUGA